AUGUCUUCUCAGUAUCAUGGUCAUACCAAACUCAGACCGUUCUCAGGAAAGGUCCCUUGUCCCUAUUUAGAGUCUGACUAUGACACAUGGCGCAACAAUGUUGAGUUCCAUCUCACAGAUGCCACCGUGUCUGACAAACACACUGUCAGGAAGAUAGUGGAGAGCCUUCUCCCGCCUGCUGCUAAUGUGAUUAAGCACCUUGGGCCUAAUUCUACUCCCCAUGACUACCUUUGCCUUCUCGACUCCGCCUAUGGUACUGUUGACGACGGGGAUGAACUCUUUGCAAAAUUCCUGAACACCAAUCAGAACUCUGGUGAAAGGCCUUCUGGGUAUCUGCAACGUCUGCAGACAGCCUUGAGUCAAGUAGUCAAAAGAGGUGGCAUUGCAGCCAGCGAGUCAGAGCGUCAACUGCUCAAGCAAUUCUGUAGAGGUUGCUGGAAUAACAGCCUAAUCACAAGUCUCCAGCUUGAACAGAAGAAAAACAACCCACCCCCGUUUUCUGAGUUACUUCUUUUGCUACGUACUGAGGAGGACCGGCAAGCUGCUAAGUCCAGCCGCAUGAGACAGCACUUAGGGGUUCCUAAAUCCAAAGCCCAGUCAAAUUCUCUCUCAGUAGGAGACCAUGUCACUGAUGACAUAGACAUAGAAACUGCUGCAGAUAGGACAUCCCCCAUCAAUGCACCUAAGCUGGAAAAGCAACUUGCAAAGCUACAGGCCCAAAUAGCUUCUUUGAAAGCAUCUUUAAGCAGCAGCUCAAGACCAGCUUCUGCUAAGCCAAGCCAGAGGUCUAAAACCAAGGCCUCAACUGAGGAAAAAUCCUCAUCCUCAGGUGAGUCAAAGCUCACAAGAAAGCCUCGCCCAGGAUACUGCUUCAAGUGUGGCAAGGAGGGCCACAUUGCAUCCUCCUGCAGUAACAAACCAAAUCCUGAGCUAGUUGAGAUAAAACGUAAAGAGUUGAGACAAAAACAACAAGCCUGGGAAGAACAAAACAGGCAUGAUUUAAACUGA